UACCAGAGCCGCCGUUUUAUUCAGUUCACCAACGACCGUAGUGCCGGUAAGACGAGUAUCUUUCGUUCCGUAGACAAGUUUCGCAUAGGUAUUUUCGUGCACCUCAUUGGUUCGCUCUUUCGUUUUAUUUCUGUUCCGCCUUCUUCCGGAAAGUGCAAGUGUCUUUGCAACGAAAACGUACAUAAGAGAUUUACAUUGUGUAACAAACCUCAUCGUUCAUAAGUCUUAAUUGAUACACAGGUCGAGUUAUGCCAUCCUGAUCGACCUCAAUUUCACAGAAGAGUCUCAGUGUAGUCGCGAUAAAACGUUCAAACAAGUUGGAACAAAUAUAAAAAUUUGAUCAAGAAAAAACGCAACAAAUAUGUCGUUCUUUGUAACCGCCAAGGCUGUGAUACUUUUCGUUUUUUGGACAGUGAUCUUUAGCAUCGAAAAUAUCAUUAAAUUGUUCAUCCCGUUGAAAUAUAAGAUGAAGAGCAUUGCCGGGGAAAUCACUCUAGUGACUGGAGGUGGUGGUGGUUUAGGAAGGUUAACCGCCCUUAGGCUGGCCAAUCUCGGUGCCAUCGUUGUCAUCUGGGACGUUAAUAAGGCUGGUAUGGAAGAGACUGUCAAGUUGGUGCAGACCGCGGGUGGUACUUGUUAUGGUUAUGUUUGCGAUUUAUGCGACAAGGAAGAUAUUUACAAGAAAGCUGAACUAGUUAAAAAAGAAGUUGGGAAGGUUACUAUUUUAAUAAAUAACGCUGGUGUGGCCCAGGGAUUGAAGUUCUUAGAUUCGCCGGACAAACUUCUUAUACGAACAAUGGACGUGAACGUGAUGAGUCAUUUUUGGACGACGAAAGCGUUCUUACCUUCGAUGCUGGAAGAUAACAAAGGUCAUAUUGUAAGUAUCGCAAGUUUAGCUGGAUUUGUAGGAGUACCAUGCUUAGUGGAUUAUUGCACUUCGAAAUAUGCGGCAAUCGGAUUCGAAGAAGCUCUUCAUAUGGAAUUAAUUGCUGAUGGAUAUGAUAUCAAUAUGACCGUGGUAUGUCCGUUUUUCAUUCGAAGCACUGGCAUGUUUGGCGAAGUUUCUCCUAAACUUUUACCGAGGCUUACGCCGAAUAAAGUGGCGGAUCGAAUAGUAACUGCUGUGAGAUGCAAUGAAAAACUCGUUAUAAUUCCUGGUUACAUACGAAUUUUCCUUCUUGCAAAAUGCUUAUUGCCAUGGGCUUGCACAAGUAUGUUCGUACAAAAUUUAUUACUAAACAAAAUAUCAGAUAAUACAUCAAACAGUGAUACUCUUAAGAAAGAAGAAAUUAUUCCUGGAAUGGUAACCAAAGAUUCAGAUACCUCAGUUAUUCAUCAACAAUUAACCAGACGUAUCUCUAGUUCGGAAAGGAAACCUUAAUCGUUUUAUGAUCGACAUGAUCGACAACUUCGCAACAUAUCCAACUAUUUUCGAUUGCCUUUUUUUCCAAUCUGAAUAAGUAACGUGUACCUAUGUGUGGGAGUUAUGGAACAUUUAAUAUAUAGUUAUAUUAUAACUGUUAUAAUAUUGCGAAACUCGUUUAAUACGAGUUUUUAAUAAUAAUGUCAAUAGAGCUUGUUUCUGAAACGAGUUAUUGCGCAAGAUAAAUCUUAUAGAACUAAAGUGUGAAUUUUAGAAUCAAUAUUGAAAUUUGUUAAGAAAUAAUAAUAUGAAUAGGAAUAAAAUUUUUUCAAAUAAUCAAUUAAUA